AUGCCCAUAUCUUCCACUAUAAUGUCAAGUAUUCUGUAUUCUGGACCAGAAACCACGGCUAAACAGAUUGAAGACGCAUUCAAAGAGUUCACAGCAAGAGAGAACAUUGCAAUAGUCUUGAUCAGCCAAUAUGUCGCAAAUAUGAUAAGGUUUUUAGUUGAUAGUUACAACAUGCCAAUUCCGGCAAUUUUGGAGAUUCCUUCCAAGGACCAACCAUAUGAUCCUGCUCAUGAUUCUGUUCUUUCACGAGUGAAGUACCUUUUCUCUUCGGAAUCAGUGGCAUCUGGGAGGCGUUGA